AUGGAGAAGACACUCUAUGAACACAUUGGAGUAUUCAACGGAUGUCCACGUUCAACAGUGAUUAGUGGGAAAGAAUAUCAGAUAUACACGAAUAUGAACGAUGGGGAAGACGGUGAAUUGGAGGAGUAUAUGGAGACUGAUAUCAGAAAUAAUUCGUAUGGAAUCCCCCAAAGUACAGUAGUGGCGUGUGCUCUUACGACAUGUUUGGAGAACGAGAAACCAAUUUUGAGAGUCAUCACAGAUUACGUGAAAUUCACUGUAAUCGAUGGAGCUCCCGGCACGAGUUGUCCAUCUGGAAGAAAGGCUAACUCCAAAGGAUUGUGCUAUGUUGGAAGUGAUCAGAAGAAGUUUGUUCGUAAAGGAGUAUUGCAACAAGUUGGAGAUGCCAUGGACCAUACAUUCGGCUGGGGCUGA